UUUUGUGUUGUUUUACAUUAAGUUCUGCUCUAAAUUUUAUAAUCGAUUUAAUAAUGUGCGAAAUACCUGAGAACUUCUUAACAUCCGAUUUAGUGCACCAUCCGCGAUGCGAUAAGCCUAAGUUUGAUUUGAGUUUACACAAUACAGUGAGUAGUAAGCUAUGGGCACAUGCGCGAUUCAUGUUCGUCUUUGAGAACGGAGAUCUCAAUUUGGCAGCACACUAUUUGGCAGAGAGAAUGCACGAACCCUUCGAGCCGUUUCCCUUCGCCUGCGUGGCCGUGCAACAAUCGGUAAGGGAUGAUUUCAUCGAGCGCGUUAGAAGUCGCUUUCAUCAGGUGAAGCCCCAUGUGGCAAUGCAUCCAAACUUUGAGCGUAGUCUGAACGAACUGAAGAUGGGUAAUGUGAAAUAUGUGGUUGCCAAAAAUGAGAAUGCCCCACCAUUUGCAAGUCCCAUUCUCGUGACGGACAAUGUAAUCCAUUUGUUUUUUAGCAGCAGUCCAUCGGGUGUGGUCACAUUGAAGAGUUUUAAUACAAUUCUGGAGGCACAAAAGAUAUAUACCAUGGAGACACUGGCCUUCGAUGUGGUCCACAUCUUCGAUGAGAGCAUCACGAGCGUUUACACACUGGCAUCGGCGAUCACUUCUAUUCAGUUGUAUGUAAACUGUGUCGAUGUUUGUACUAUGCCCAUUUUACCUUAUUAUGGCAUGAGACAAUGUCGUGCCCUUCUACAUGAUGGCUACCAUUUUGAGACCUUGGAACUGAACGGUAUCUGGAGGAUCAUUGUCUUUCCAUAUACAACUACAUUGGUUCAUGCUUGCAUUUGCCCAAAAGGUCAGUGUACUUGCAAUGCUGAUAAUAAGGUUUGCGUUGGUUAAAACUCGGAACCAAAAGUGAGAGAAAGAUAGAGAUAAACAGAAUAAGAGGUAGAUAGUUUCGACACAUGCAGUCAAGGCAAACCAACCACAAGAAAAAUUAAACUAGCGUGAAAAAUAUGUUACAGGAACUUAACUUCCUGGCUGACUGUGACGUCUGGUUUCAGUUAAAAGAACCUAAGAAAUCCCCACUCAUUUAGCAUUUGGACUGACAUGGCACAUGUGGGCCAUAAUUUUCGCGGUUGUUGCCUUUGAAUUGGUUUUACAGUGAACAUCAACUAUAGCGAAUGGCUUGAAAUUGUGUGGAAAAAAAUAAAUUAAAUAAAUAUACAUCUAGUUUAAGGAUUA